AUGCACACUUCUUACAACUCUAAGGAUGGCAAGUCUGUGCGUCUUCGUAGGCAAUGGGCUGCCAACUUAAAUGGAAACUCGGAGAAUCUUAAGCCUUUUAUUGAUCCCCGGAAGGGGUCCGCACUUCAGCUGCCAACGUUGAAUGGAAAUGUGAACUACAACAGCCGCCAGGAGAAUAUUAAGUCUCGAAAUAUUUCCGACGUCCGCACUCCAUAUGGAUUUCCUACCCCUCAAAACGUCAGCGAAACAAAAGUAUACAGGACACGAGAAGAGGUACGCUGGCUCUUUAUUGCAAACUUUGCUGUUUUGCGGGCCUGCCCGGAAAAUUUAAAUGAGCCUAUGCAGCAUAUUAAUUCGCCUUAAGCGGUGAUUUGCAAGGUGCUUCAACACACUUGCGCUACAAUCCCAUUUUGUGCCUUACGUAGCUGCACUCAAAUUACGGUACAUUUAGUUAACCCGCGCAUAGCUUUGUGUAGUGGCCUUGCUAACCUGUUGACUGAUAUUAAGAAUCUACCCAAAAACGUCUAGAAUAGACGUUUAACCUGUAAAUCAAGCUUAUGUAGUUUUUAAUUUUAAGUUAAAUCAGGGCGAGUGAUGAUUAUCCUAGCCUAGAGUCACGGGAACCCUUCAUGGAUUUUCAUGCCCUUUGGGCAUAGAGACUAUCUUCUUUCUGUGCCCCAUUUAGAAAACGGAAAGAUUAUGGAGUUCAAUUUGUUUUACUGCAAAAUCCAAAGGUAAUUAAGGUGCGUCCGUGCAUUCUUCUUUUAGCCCAAGGGCCCAUCCAAGUUCACCAUCCCUAAAAGCGGUUUUGACGCCCGACUCGAGCGUGCCGCAGCCUAUCCGACUAACUUUCCGGUUUACACUUCAACGACGCCUCGUGCAAAUCACCAGAAACAACAAAACCGGUUCCAGUACGACAGUGUCGAUCGCGCUCGACCGAAAAUCCAAAACAGUACUCAGAUGGCAAAGCCUCAGUACCCGAUGCCUCCGAAGGCGAACGAAGUAGCUCCUGCGGUUCCACCAAAAAGUACGGUAAGUGACAUAUCGUCUCCAAAACGGUCGCUUUUGCUGACCUUCGAUAGUUAAUUCACUUUACCUCGGCAGUUUCUUGUCAUGGAGUGUUGAUCACCAAUGUAAACUUCGAUGCUUUCCGUCACGCAGGGCAAAUCUCCCCUAAGUGUUCAAUAAAAUUUAGUUUUUCCUUUCAAGCACUGUGGCACAAGCAAGCUUUCAAAUUAGGAAUCUUUCUCGGUGCAUUUCUAUGUGAGUUAACAGUUUUCAUGCCACUAUUUCUUCCUAUGCGCCAGGUCAAUUCAGCCAGUCGAGCAAAAAAAUAUUCCAACUCAUGUUCUGUCGGGUCUUGAAAAGUAGUCCGGGGAUUGAAUUGCUUAUAGUUACAGGAAGGCCAUUUCCUGAGUGUACUUAUGUACGCCUGGCAAAUCGAUAUUUGUCUAGAACCUGCAAUAUACCACAUCUCGAUCCAUUACAGCAGUACUUGAAUGUGCUCCAAUAGGUCGAUGUCCGCAAUAACACGUAAACCGCUCUGACUGUUUUCUUAAAGCUCAAAAUAUCUGUUGUUCAUAGCUUGCCUAGCGAAAAUUCGUCGCAGUUGAACCGGGACAUUGAUGACGAGAUAGUCCAACCCACGACCUUUGGGAUACAAGGGUCGUGGUUUGUCUCAUAGCAUGUCAAAUGGCACAAUCGGGCUGAAAUAAGAUUCUAUACUAACUGUGAAAGCCACUUUCCAAGGAAGUAGAUUGGUCGUGGAGCGCAAACCAUCCUCAUCGUUCUCCAAAAGCGCAGAUCGAGUCAUUUGAUUAUGCAUUGUAGCAUGCACACGGUUGUUCGCUGUGGGUAUAUAUCCUUUUCUUGCUUGCAGUUGCCAGUUUAAAGAGAUAUUCAUUUUGGGGGCAUAGGAAGGAAUGCUUCCUAUCGGACAAGAUCAGAAAAAGACUUGUCAUACUAUUGAAGUCUGGGACAGUGAUCUUAGUAACGUACCACAUUGUAAAGUCAUUUGGUUUAGGAUUUUCCGUUCAGUGGAAAAGCCAUCUCAUGAAAUGUCGACUUGAUAUUCUAAAAUGUGUUUGCGAUUAGAAGAGAUUACUUCAUCAGCCUUGCCACGUUAAUUAUUGUAUGGCAUAAUACCAAUAUAUUCCGGUCACAUCAGGACUCCAGCUGCCGAAUGAGCUCUUUAUCGGCCGCACGCAUAAACAACGUCUCGUAAAAAAUGACUACCCUAGUGGCAUGAAUUUCCCCAUCGAUUUUUAGUACCCUUAUUGACCUAAGCAUUUUUGCAGCAAACACGCACAAAGCACUCUUUACUUUACUCAUUUGGUAGUAAAUUGCAUCAUUAGAUUCCGUAUUUGAAGAAUGAGUAUCUUUCGAUUAAAAAAAACUUUCUCAGCUCCCGACUAAUUUUGAACUCGACCUGCCAGUACACUUGCAUUCAAGGUUUGCGAACUACGAGCUGUAUGCUUUUUGUGCAACAAAAACCAUAUAUUUCUUUAUGCUACUACGAAGGUAACAUAUACGGCUAACCAAAUUUUAUAAUGGAUGUGGGCCACUUCGUUUACUUUAUAAGCAGCUGGUGUGAUUACAUAUUUAGCGGUCUUCAAGCAAUCUCGGAGUUAAAAAUUCUUUGAAAACCGAGAGACACCCUCCCUUCGAGUUUAACCUUUACAAAAGACGUAAUUUUCUACCAAGUGAUUAAAAGGAAGGAUAUUUCCGUACAUGUUUUCUGUAAAAUAUAUUUAAAUUUAUUGGAGCAUAGGAAUUCGAUGGGUAAGAAUUUUUGCCAUCGAAGUAGUCACUUUUUACAGGAUGUAGUCUAUGCAGGUGGCCGAAGGCUGGCAUCCUAACGUAACUGGAAUAUCUUCGUGUUAUACGACACGAUAAGCAGCACCUCAACCCUACGUAAGUAAUGUUUUCGAAAUAAAGACGCGUUUGAGAAUUUCGUUUAGCAUCUCAUGAGAUAGCAUACCAAGCUAGGCCUCCCGUUACUUCAAAUGAAGAGGUUGGUUUUCUUCUGUUCACUUUUCCUCUAGCGCCUGAAACCUCAGCAGUUCGCGGCUGUCAUAAAACCAAUGUCAAAUGGACGUCAGGAUCGUUCCCAAGCCACACCUUUCUUGGCUCAAUCCCGCCCGUCUUCUCCCCGCUCGCCGUCUCCACCAUGGCAUUCCCUGUUCCAUCGAUCUAUGUACGCCCGUAACUCUUCCCGUGAACUCGAUGCCCCACAAAACGGGCUCUCAUCAGCUGAGCAUCAGCGCCGCUCGCCGCAUCAGCCAGUACACCGGCGCUCAACCGCGGCCCAGUUAAAGGACCGAACUGAACCACUGACAGCCAACAACAACGCCUUACAUCCCCUGCGCAAUGGUGUUAGCAAUGGACACGAAGUUAUGGCUCGCAUCGCUUCGCGCGAUGAUCUUCGCAGAUUUCAAGAUGGUGGGCAGAGGAGCAACUUGCAUACUCAGUCGAGUGGGGUCAUGUGGCUCCCAUCGAGCGACCAGGUUUGUUCCCUAUGUUGUACCUUCAUUUGAACCUCGACCUUCCCUGAAGGUGCCACCCUUAGACAGAUCCACCCUCCCCCGUUGGAGAGCAGAGGAGCGUCAUAAGGAGUAGUGCGCUUCUUCAGAGUAAACCCUAUCUAAAAUGGAAGAACCAGGUUGUCAGGAAAUAAGUCUGCAGUAAUAAUACAUUUUUGUACAUCCAAGUGGGGGAUGGGCGAAACUAUGCGGUCGGGAGGUUGAAUGAUUUUUCUUUUUUUAGUGGAAAUAGUGUUUUUCCUUACUUUUGGAAUUAAUUUUCGUCGAGUCCCUUGUCUUCGCACCUAGCUAUAUCACGAAAGUCUCGGGCAUUUUCCACAAGAGACUGCCGUGCCUUUGCUCCACAUUUCGUUUGUGACUGGGAUAAUGACGAUAAUGACGCGGCCGGAUUACAUACACCAGGGUCUUUACGUCUUCAGUCUGCUCAAAGUCAUUUUAUGCCGGUCCCUAUAUUUGAUCCGGUGUCUUUGAUGCGCACAACAUUACUACUUCUACUCAGAAAAUUAUCGCCAAAGGUAAGACAGCUAAAGCAUCCCUUUCGUGGAAUAUCGGAAACUGCAAACGAGGCAGGAUUCGAUGGUCACACCAAAUUUAAUGUUUUUACGACAGCGGCAUGCGUAGAUAUGUUGGACCGAAAAAAGAAGCAGCUGCAAGACAGUAGACACUGUUGACUCAAAACCAGACACGAACAACUCGAGCACUGAUUUGUCCGAGAGAGCCUACAUGUUGUAGCAAUUCUGACUUGUUUCGAUAAAGAAAAAACCAUGUAAUCUCGGCCAGAUUUGGGCCCGGUAGCUGUGGCUUACAGAGAUAGCCAGCCCGCCUACGCGUAGCACACACUCGCACCUCAUACCCCCAAAAUGCCAUGAAGACCACACUGAAAGGAAGCCAUUGCCGUCUGACUCUGAGUUCUUCAAUCACCCCCAAAUACCCCCAUGGGGAUCCAUUUAAUCCGUCAGCUGGCAACCGUUCAAGCAAAAGGCGCUCUUUUGUCAUGAGAAUGGAUACGUUAAUGUCGGCUUUACUUGAAGCGGUCGACUUUCUGAACUGGAGGUUUUGCAGGCCUUCGUAGAACUUGGUCUUCGAGUCAGUAUGGCUGGUCUUUGAGGGUCAUAAGCGCUGACGUUGGUUGCCACUUUGUUUCUGCGGAGAGAGAAAUUCAUUGACGCCUUGCAGAUAAUUUGCUCAGUCACCUGCUGGAUGCGCAUUAGCUACGUUGUUUCCUUGGGUGAAGCCGUCGCUGUCGGUGACGUCAAACAGUGCGGCAAUUUUUGCGUCGCACUGUUUGCUGUCAGUCGCGCAUGUUCGCAUCCAGUACUCAAAGCCCCACUUUGUCGUCACACCGUGUCAGAACCACCACGUUCUGUUGUUGGUUAAACCACUUUAGUUGCGUCUCGUGUUUGUUUGUGUGCACGCGGUGUGCGUACGUAUGGCUUCGCCGUAUGUCACUUCAUAAAAUUGGUGCUGUUUAACAGCUGAGUAGGGAACCUGCCCAAGUUUUGUGAGCGUCUGCUAUGCCAUGAUCAGCAAACCUUGGCUCUCACAGCCUGGUGUGCGCUGGAAGUUCUCCGUUAUCUGGUUCUCUGGUGGUAGAUGCGCUCCCGCUGGGUAUACAGGUGGCGAGUAUGACUGCCCAGUCAUCCACGUCUUUUCUGCUGUUGUUGGUCAAAAUUCCGGUCAAGUAUUUGUUGUAGACAAGGGGGUGUGGAGUGGGACACCAAGGUGCGGGCUCGGCCCCGCUAUCCACCUGCGCUCUCUCUCUCCUCCGGUCCUCUUGACUCUGUCUCGACACCGCGCUAAGGUGAGGAAGGAAGAGAGAGUGCGGUAGAUGCAGCGCAAGUCUACACACGCGCAAGUCGCCGUGCCAGCCUUACCUUGCUGUGGAGCACACGGUGGAUAUCGUCGGACGCAAAGGUCGAACUACCAGGGAACCAGUCGAUAGCGCCACGCACACUUUUCUCCUAGGAACAUGUACUGCUGCUGGUGAACCCUUCUCCGGGACAGACUGCGUUGGUUGGCCUACCAGCCAGCCAGCCAGGGGGAAGGAGGGAAUUCGAACUCGGGCUAUUUGGUCAUCAAGCCAUAAGCCUAGGCCUUAUCUGCAACGGUCAGGAAUGUUCUGCCACACGAGAACAGCGUUCGCCAUUCAAUCCUGAAUGCAAGACGAAUUAUGGGCUUCGUAUUUUGCCUGCUUGCUGUCAUGUGGUCCGGAGAGAUCAGUGAUCACCAUUUCUCUUCUCACAUCUGCUCCGUCUAUUCAUUCUCGUCCUACUGCUGUUGGAUUCCUCCCCUCAGUCCUCUCCUAUUUAGAUUUCGUCCUCAUUUUCUUAUUUCCUCUCAUAAUUUCUUCUCCAGAAACGGCAACCAACACCUCGUUACUUGUUGGUAAAUUUUCUUCGCUGAUAAUGCGGAUGCUGGUAGUGAUGGUGGUGGUGGUGGUUGUGGUGCUGCUGCUGUCAUUACACUGACCAUUCUUACCUCCCUGCUUCCCAAGUCUGCUGGUCGUUCCAACGUCCUGAGGGUCACCACCACCACCACCACCACCACCACCACCACCACCACCACCACCACCACCACCACCACCACCACCACCACCACCACCACCACCACCACUACCGGCAACCUGAAGUCGCAUCGAAUACCGAGCCUCACGAGGUUGACCAUCUUUUGCCAGCGUCACCAGGACCACUACCAGCACCAGCAGAACCAUCGUACCACAUGGCGACUUGUUGUGAGUCGCGACCGACAGUGCCUGCUUCCCUGGCCAUCGCAUUUUAAGACACCGCUCCGAUUAGUUAAUCAUUUCCCCUCUCACACCAAGUAUAGGGAGGGCGGCUCAACUACACGCCACUCGUCAAUUUUUCAUCCAACGUGUCCAACGCCAACACGGUAGCUCAGGACAGUGACCUGCAAGGCCACGAUAAUGUCGCCGGUGGAACGCUGUAGUGUCCAUUGUUGCGUGUUUUGGCGCCGUAGAUGUUGGGCCUUGCUAGACCUCUCUGUCUAAGAAUUUUUUUCAACAAUGUUCACCGUACCCCUGGCAAACAACUCCCUAUUUGGUGUGUAGUUUGUUGGCUUUCACGGCUCGUAGCAAUUGGAUCGUAUUUCUGAAAAAUUAAGACACAAAAAAUUGUUAACGAAAGAUUGUAGGAGCCUACGCCUGUUUCAGGAUCGGGGCCCCGAUAAAGACGUUUUUGACUUCUAAAACUUUUGCCACACCCAAAUGACUUACAGUGCGUGGCCGACCCCUUGAAAUGUUGGCCGGAAUUCUGAAAUGCGUUUUCAAUUAGGAAGGAUUAAUUAGGUGGGGUUGUAAUAUUGAUUAUUUUGCAGCAUAAUCCCAUAGUACUUUGGACUCGCCAGGAUGUCGGCUUUUGAAUGCACUUAUUUUUGACUUCUUGCAGAAACCACACUCGGCAAAAUUGGCUUCUUAAGUAGCAUGAUUUUUUCACAUUUAUUUUCGAUACUCUCAUAAACUCAAAUAUAUUCUGCAGGAAAACUGCACAAAAUAUGCUUUUUUUACUCAUUUGUCGGAAAAUCACAUUGUCUUUACACUUUAUGUCCGAAGAAAGCGUAUAUUUGGGUUUUGCGAAAGUUUCCCAAUUCCCCAAUAAUUUUGAGCCAGAUCAGUCGUUGCAUCAGCGUUUACCGAUUUCAUUCUACAAGGUGCAUGCUUUCGACGUAGGGAAAAUCAUAUGUUCCUCUAUGCCUUUAAGAAGAUUCCGUAUAAAGUUCAUAAAAGUCUACAAUGGAUGCGGACUAUGUCGUACAUUUCUUGAGGCGAAUUGGUAGACGGACAUGUGCGAUGCUGUAUGUAUGGACAUCGCACGGUCUUAAAAAUCUCAUAAUCGAAAAGUUUUUUAAAACCGAAAGGUAAGCAUUCUUGAGGUAUAAAAUAUGAAGACAAUGUGAUUUGCUACCAAAUGAGUAAAAGAAAGCAUAUUUUUUCAUUGAGAUUUUGGCAGAUUUUGAACAAUUCAUAUUGACCCAACUGUGAAAAACUCGGCGCCUCGGUGGGAUUCGAACCCACGCAGUAAAGGGGAAGGCUUUAGUACAGCCAACGCUCUAACCACCUGAGCUACGAGGCCCCGCCGGACGACGCGAGUUUUAUCACACUUGGGUCAAGUUACCCGCCCAACCUACUGCAACGUCUGGAAUCCACCAAAUCUGAUACAGUAAGUUGACUGCCCAAGCAGGAUUUCCUAAGUAAUUCACCUAGAAUCCACCAGAUGACUACUAGGCUCACGUAAUUCAUUGAGAUUUUGGCAGAUUUUGAAUAAUUCAUAUUGACCCAACUAUGAAUUAUUCAAAAUCUACCAAAACAUCUAUGAAUUACGUGCGACUGGUAGUCCUUUGGUGGAUUCUAGGUGAAUUACUUAGGAAAUCCUGCUUGGGCAGUCAACUUACUGUAUCAGAUUUGGUGGAUUCCAGACGUUGCAGUAGGUUGGGCGGGUAACUUGACCCAAGUGUGAUGAAACUCGCGUCGUCCGGCGGGGCCUCGUAGCUCAGGUGGUUAGAGCGUUGGCUGUACUAAAGCCUUCCCCUUUACUGCGUGGGUUCGAAUCCCACCGAGGCGCCGAGUUUUUCACAGUUGGGUCAAUAUGAAAGCAUAUUUUGCACUGUUUUCCAGUAGAAUAUAUUUGAAUUUAUGAGGCCAUCGAAAACCAAUGUGAAAAAUUCAUGCUACUUAAGGAGUGAGUUUUUUCCGAGUGUGGCUUCUGCAAGGAGUCAAAAAGAAGUACAUUUUAAAGCCGACAUCCUGACGAGUCCGAAAUACUGUCAAAUUAUGCCGCAGGAUAAUCAGUAUUACAACCCCACCUAAUUACUCCUUCCUACUCGAUCACGCAUUUCAGAAUUUCGGCCAACAUUUCAUGAGAUCGGUCAUUCACUAUAUUUAUCUUGACUAAGCUCUAGGGACUUAAUAAAGGCGACUGCAAAACACCGGAGGUCAUCCUCAUAACCGUACUUGGUAUAGCUCUUAUCAUGUCUGAUCUAGCCAGCCUCGAUGAUGUCGCGUAUUGCUCCUCCCCACCCGUUGUGACCUGCGGCAGCGGAUCUGAAAAGCUCGACUCAUUCUAUCCUCCGGCGACGAAGACCGAAUACAAAAGUCCCAACAACCACUUCCACAUCUUGGUGAACUAG